GUUCGAGGAUCCUUGUCUCUUCCCCUAUCCUCAAGAGUGCUGGCCCUCUAAUUGGCCGAGUCAGAACCUUUGGAGACAGAAGAUGGCGUACAAAGACCCGACCCAUGCCCGGGUUGUUGCCUCUUUAUUAAUUAGAUCGUUCCACCCACGUUGUCGCAAGACCUUAUAAAAGAAGCGUAAAGUACCCAUUUCUUAUUGACCUGGACGUUUCGACGCCUGCCUCGACCAUUAAAGACUCUAAUAUGGAGAUUGUGAAUGCCACCGGCGCUCAGCCUGGGCUGCAACAGACAUGGCCUGCCAGCACCUCGCAGUUGCAAGGCGUUCUGCCAGGAUUUCUGGGGGGCUGGUCCACCUGGCAAUACAUAGUGACCGUUCUGGUGGGAAUGGUGGUCUAUGACCAAGUGAUGUACCUCUUGCGAAAGGGCCCCAUCGCGGGACCUCCUUUCAAGAUUCCGUUCAUGGGUCCGUUUCUUCAAGCGAUUAAUCCCAAGUUCGAAGGAUAUCUGGCACAGUGGUCAAGUGGUCCUCUCAGCUGUGUAUCCGUCUUCCACAAAUUCGUUGUCCUCGCCUCCGAUCGAGACCUAGCUCACAAGGUGUUCAAGUCGCCGACGUACGCCGAACCAUGCAUAGUACCGAUCGCAAAAGACCUCCUCGGCCACAAGGCCUGGGUGUUUCUUCAGGGGAAGGCCCACACCGAGUACCGGAGGGGAUUGGCUCCUCUAUUCACCAACAAGGCUAUGGCUACCUACCUUCCCGUCCACCAACGAGUAUUGGACGACUAUUUCAGCAAGUUUGUUGCCAUUAGCGAGGCGAAUCAAGGGAAGCCAGUACCUUUUAUGUCCAUGUUCCGUGAAAUUAAUUGUGCUCUUUCUUGCCGCACUUUCUUCGGCGACUACAUAUCCCAGGAGGCAGUCAAGAAGAUUGCAGAUGAUUUCUACUUGGCUACGGCGGCGAUGGAGCUGGUCAACGUCCCUCUGUCAAUGUACAUCCCCUUCACCAAGCAAUGGUUAGGGAAGCGGACGUGCGAUGCAGUCCACGCCGAAUUCGCGAAAUGUGCCGCGGCGUGCAAGGCAAAGAUGACAAUCGGCGCAACCCCCACAUGCAUCGUGGACCACUGGGUUCUCCACAUGUUCGAGUCCAACCGCUAUCGCGAAAGGAUCGCAGCGGGGGAGACAAACGUAGAGAAACCAUCAAAUCUGAUCCGCGAGUUCACCAACGAGGAGAUCUCGGAAACUCUCUUCACCUUCCUAUUUGCAUCCCAGGAUGCGUCCAGCAGUGCCACCAUUUGGUUGUUCCAAAUCCUCGCCCAGCGGCCCGAUAUCCUCGACCGCAUGCGAGAAGAGAACUUGGCGGCGCGGGGCGGUGAUCGAAACAAACCCUUCGAUCUGCCCAUGUUGGAGUCACUCACCUACACCAACGCCGUCAUCAAAGAGCUCCUCCGCUACCGGCCGCCCGUCAUCUUCGUACCCUACCUUGCGACUAAGAACUUCCCGGUCACAUCCCACUACACCGUUCCCAAGGGCUCCAUGAUCAUCCCGUCCUGCUGGCCGGCUCUACAUGACCCGGAUGUUUACCCCAACCCCGAUUCCUUCGAGCCGGAGCGCUGGAUUUCCGGGGACGCCGAGUCCAAGAACAAAAAUUGGCUUGUUUUCGGUGCUGGUCCACACGACUGUCUGGCGAGGAGAUAUGUGCCCCUUUACCUGGCAGGUAUGAUUGGCAAAGCCUCACUGGACAUCGAUUGGAAGCACCAUGCGACGGACAAGUCGGAGGAGAUCCGGGUGUUUGCUACUCUUUUCCCCAUGGAUGGGUGCCCCUUAGUUUUCACGAAACGCCCCUAGACGUUGCACUGUUGUAAGUUGGGCCGUAAUGUGUAAUAUGAUGAGAGCCAGAUAUUCUUAUAGAUAAGAGAUUAAUGCACAAAAUUGUCAAAUUUAGCCAGCUAGGGUAGAGUGCUGCUAACUACACAGUCACUCCCGAAAGAUAUAUUGUACCCUCGAGAAUCACAGACUGCCUUGAGAUAUUUGUAUCUAGGAUGUCCGUUAAAGGUAG